ACACUACGCGAAACCACUACGUUGUACACUGCACUAUACACUAACCGACUGCUCUAACCCCUAACCCCCUUACCCACCCGGCCUCACAGAGGACCUGGCGGCAAAACGAAAAACCAACAAGAGCGACAAACCCUGUCUCGCCCACGCGUGUGCUCGGGCGCAGCGAUGUCGCCACCGAACGCCACCUCCCUCCGCGGGCCCCUCAACGCGACCGCGUGGGAUCCCGCUCCUCCGGCGGGCCCCCCCGCCGGAGUGACCGCGUGGGAGUCCCCGUGGGCGCUCGCCUUCAUGUCGAGCCCCUUCCGCGAGCCGCCGUCCCUCCGGCCCCUCUACGUCGCCCUCUUCGCCGCCGCCCACGCGGCCAUCGUCGCGGGCAACUCCCUCCUCCUCGCCGCCAUCCUCCUCGACCGCCGCCUCCACAGGCCCAUGUUCGUCCUGCUCGCCAACCUGGCCGCCUGCGACCUCCUCGGCAGCGCGGCGACGCUCCCCGGCUACGCCCGCUACGCCGCGGGCGCCGACGGCGUGCCGCUGGGCGCGUGCCUGGCGCAGAUGUUCGCGGGCCACGUCUACGGCGCCCCCCUCGCGGGCCUCUCCCUCGCCUCGAUGGCCGUGGACCGCGCGCUCGCCGUCCGCCUGCCCCUGCGCUACGCGGCGCUCGCGACCAACUGGCGGGCCCUCCGCCCCGUCGCUAUGCCGCACUGCGACCACUUCGCGCUCGUGCGCAUGGCGUGCGACGACGCCGCCGGCGGCGACGCGUCGGUCAACCGCGCCUACGACCUCGGCGUCAAGGCCGCGCUGCUCGCCGGCGGCGCGGCCACGGUGCUGGCGUCGUACGCCCUCGUCGCGACGCUCGGUUGCGGCGGGGCCCGCGACGGGGCGGAGCGGCGGGGACGGGGGAAGGCGCUGCGCACGUGCGUCACCCACCUGAUGGUGUUCCUCGUGCUGCAGGUGUCCGUGGUGCUGCUCAUCGCGCAGAACCACAUCCAGAGGUACCUGGUCGACUCCGUCUACCUGCCCGCCUACCUGGCCAUCAACUUCCACGUGGUGCCGCCGCUGCUCAACCCCAUCAUCUACGGCCUGAGGACGGUGGAGAUCCAGCACGGCGUCCGGAAGCUGUUCCGGAGGAAGGUGCUGCCCAUCACUCAUUAAGGAGAGGGGAGGGUGGGCGGGGGGAACCCCCCCAACCCCACCCCCACUCCUCCCAACCACCCCCCUCCCCCUAGACCCAGAAUCAUACCGCUGGAGGUAUCCGGUGAGCCACGAAGCUCUUUUGUCAGAGAUGUUCCAGUAGGGGCGCGGGGUAAGAACGUUACGACAACAACAACAACAAACGCAGGUUACACAGACACGAUAGGAGUGCAAAGUACAAGAAAGGCCAACACAAUCACCCGCACGCAUAUGUAGAGGCAGUGCAGGUGUACAGCGGUGUGU